UUCAUGUUCUGAGAUACUGCGUCUUGGAUUAAAAGAAUAUUGUUUUGCUGUUUCUUCAUUAAUCUACGGAAAUGACAUUGAAAAAACUUAGUAUCGAGAAUUUGGAUGUGGCGGACAAACGCGUAUUGAUAAGAGUUGAUUUCAAUGUUCCUUUAAAGGAUGGCGAAAUAACUAACAAUCAACGUAUUGUUGCUGCUUUGGACACCAUUAAAUAUGCUAUUGAUAAUGGUGCUAAGUCUUUGGUUCUAAUGUCACAUCUUGACAGUCCAGAUGGCUUUCCAACUGCUAAGUAUUCUUUAAAACCAGUGGCUGAGGAACUCGAAAAACUUCUCAACAAGAAUGUUACAUUUUUGCCCGAUUGUGUUGGGGCGGAUGUUGAACAAGCUUGCGCUGAUCCAGCUCCAGGUACUGUUUUUCUUUUGGAGAAUCUCCGGUUCCAUAUUGAAGAAGAGGGAAAAUGUGUGAACGAAGCUGGUGAAAGAGUGAAAGCCGACAAAGGAAAAGUUAAAGAAUUCAGAGAGUCAUUGCGGAAAUUGGGUGACGUAUACGUUAAUGAUGCUUUUGGCACUUCGCAUAAACCUCAUAGUUCUAUGCUUGCUGAAGGAUUUGAAAAGCGGGCUGCGGGAUUUUUGUUAAAUAAAGAGAUGACAUAUUUUGCCAAGGCUUUGGGUAAUCCCGAAAGACCGAUCUUGGCAAUAUUAGGAGGGCCCAAAGUUACCGAUAAGAUUUGGCUCAUUGAACGUUUACUUGGCAAAGUCGAUGAGAUGAUAAUUGGUGGGGGUAUGGCAUAUACUUUCUUGAAACAAGCAAAUGACAUGGAAAUUGGCAAUUCUCUUUACGACGAAACUGGGGCAAAACUUAUUAACAAGUUUUUAAAUAAAGCAUUAUUUCGCAACAUUAAAGUUCACUUACCCGUCGAUUUUGUUACCGCUGAUAAAUUCGCUGAAGAUGCAAAUACUGGUUUAGCAUCUAUUACUGGAGGAGGCGUACCCAAAGGAUGGAUGGGCUUAGAUUGUGGACCGAAAUCUCGGAAAUUGUUUGCCGAGCCAAUUGCUCGUGCUAAAUUUAUUGUAUGGCACGGACCUGUUGGAGCCAUUGAAUUUGAAAAGUUUACAGCCGGUACAAAGUCUGUAAUGGAUGCAGUCGUAAAGGCGACCGCAAAUGGUACUGUAUCUAUUAUUUGUGAUGAUGAUACAGCUACAUGCGCAGCUAAAUGGGGCACUGAAAGCCAAUUAAGUCAUGUCAGUACGGGAGGCGGUGCUGGCCUUGAAUUACUUGAAGGAAAAGUGUUACCAGGUAUUGCAGCAUUGUCCCCCGCAUAAAUAAUUUUCAUACUACAAAAUUAUUGUCUCUAGUCAUAUUACUUAUCUAGAAUCUUUAAUUUAAAUUAUAGU